AUGGGUACGACUGAGACUCCACCGCCCUUCUUCCCUCUUCUCCCCUCUCCCGGCCUGAGCAACGAGAACGGAUUCUGGCCUCAGGCGCGUCCGCAGGAGGAAUACGACGGCCCUCAAUUCAAGAGGCAUAGACCCUCUGAUGAUACCCAUGUCCUCACGGAUCCCAACAGGAGUUGGCAGCAUGCGCCGGGAAUACUGUCCUCUGCCCCGCCUCCGCCCAACCCCCCGCAGAAUCCCUCCCAGAGCAGUAAGGGGAGCAGGUUGUUCUUCAAGACCAGGCUGUGCAUGAAGUUCAAGUCUGGUUCGUGCCCCUACGGCCAGAACUGCAGCUUCGCGCACGGGCCCGAGGAACUCCGGCGACCACCGCCCAACUGGCCCAGUCUAGCCGCGGGCCAUGACGACGAUCGGAUGUCUGGUAAUGUGACCGACCGGCAACGGUUGAACAAGCUCAAGAUAUGCAGGAAAUACUACAAUGGAGAGGACUGCCCCUACGGCGAGAGAUGCACCUUUGCCCACGUAGAACCAGGAAGUCUGAGGGAGAGCUCGGCGAUCAGCGUUGGGGUCACGGAAACCGCCCCUCCGGCCGCAGGGAGCGGUGGAAGCGGUUCUCAGGAGCCCGAUGCUAGUGGUUCCAGCUCGUGUGGAGAUGCUAAUGGGUCGCUUCAGAAGUCUUCUUCCUACUGGAAGACGAAAAUGAACCACAAAUGGGAGCCGACAGGUGAUUGCUACUACGCUCAUGGAAUUGCAGCUUCAUCUGUACUCUCACUUGUUUGACCUGAAAGCCCAAUGUCCUCCUUUGAUCUCUCUUCUUCUUUGAAUGCGUUUUCUCUCGCUGUGCUUUGUACCUUAUCUUCUUCAGUAUAUCUUGGUUAUUUUCUCACGUAGAUGGAUAGAUUUUCCAGUUUACAAUGUCAUCACUGUCGUUCUCUCCCCCCAUGGAUUUUUUAUCGGCCUGUUUAUGCCUACCCAUCCGAGUUUUCACAUAUUUGAGGGCUCUUUGGAGCUAUUAUCAGACCUCAUUGAAUUCUGCAGUUGAACGAUCUUUGUCGGCGUUUUGUCUGCAGACCUCAUAUAGUUGAUUAUCCAGCUGCUCAUUUCUCACAUUAUGAGAUUGUUCUUUCUUUCACAUCUUACAUGACUCUCUCUAUCUUAGCUAUAUGCACAUUUCAGUCAAUAAUUUUCCCCUGAAAUUAUUCGAUCAGACUGAGAUUUUUUUUUCUUUCGACGAGUGGCCCUGUUUAACUUCUGAAUAAGUAAAGUAAAUGGAGGGUAUUCCUCGUUCUUUGCUCAACCAUUUUAUUCUACUCUCUUGGGACAGAAUCGAGGAAGUACGGUGGGCUCAUUGAUGCGGAAGCCAGCACCGGCGCGGCGCCGUCGAGGCAUCUCAGCCCCCCGGAGGCGGACCCAGCAAGCAGGCCGAGGGGAUUUCUGAGGCUGAGGGGCCUGAGGAAGAUCAGCAACAUCUACGCGGACUGGAUCGACGACUGA